AUGGCACUGAAAGCGAAAAAGGAAGCUCCUGCCUCUCCCAAAGCCGAAGCCAAAGCGAAGGCCUUGAAAGCUAAGAAGGCAAGGCAGCCCAGGAGAAACAAGCUUGACCACGAUGCCGUCAUCAAAUUCCCCCUGAGCACCAAGUCAGCCAUGAAGAAAAUAGGAGAUAACAACACAGUAGUGUUCACUGUGGAUGUCAAGGCUAACAAGCACCAGCUCAAACAGGCUGUGAAGAAACUCUAUGCCAUUGAUGUGGCCAAAGCCAAUGCCCUGAUACGGCCUGGCGGAGAGAAGAAGGCGGGUGCUCGGCUGGCUCCUAAUUAUGAUGCUCUGGAUGUUGCCAACAAGAUUGGGAUCAUCUAA